AUGCAGCUCCUCUCAACCCUCCUCUUCGCCGGCGCCGCCUCUGCCACUGUCCCCCUCCUCGCUGGACAGCGACAAGCUCUCUUCGCCUUGAGGAGCAUCGUCGAGCGCCAGGGCGACAUCUGCGUCCCGGUCCCCGCUCCGGCCACCUGCGAGAAGUCCUGCGGUCCGGGCAACAUUCCCUGCAUCGGCUUCCCGAACUGCUACAACCCCAGCAAGGGGGAGACUUGCUGCUCUAAUGGAAAGUACUGUCCUGCUGGCACCCGCUGCACCAACGCUGGCUGCUGUCCCAACGAGUUGUCCCUCGAGGAUUGCGGUGCCACCGCCACCCUGAGCGUCAUCCCCCCUCCGGCUACUGACACUCCCGAGCCGCCUACGAGCGCCCCCGAGUCCUCGACUCCUGCUGAGCCUACCGACUCUGCCACCGAGGCUCCUACCGAUGUUCCCACCGAUACCCCCGAGGAGCCUACCUCGACCGUCACUGACUGUCCUGAGGAGCCCACUUCGGUCCCUACCGUUCCUUCUACUUCCCGAUCCGGCAACGGCACUAUCCCUACUAGCCCUCCCCCUAUCCCGACCGCUGGUGCUGGACAAAAUGCGCAGUUGGGCGUUAUGGCCAUCGUUGGUGGUAUCGGUGCAUUCUUGGUCGGUUUGUAA